AUGGAGAAAGGAGACGAGAAAAAGACGACUACGCCUUCGCUUAUGUCCGAGUCUUUGGAAUCGGAAGAUCAAAAGGGAUGGCCACCAGCAAUAGCUUAUUUGGACGAAAGCAUUCCUACCGACUGUCUCGAAUGCUUAAGCUACAGGAAUUCGGCAGCAAGAAUGAAAAGCGCGAAAGUUCCGCAAAUUGCUCUGGAUAAAUUCUUGCAAGCGGCUAGACUCCAUUCCCAGAUGCAUGAGGAACAGACCGCUUUCAUGACAGGUCUCAACCGAUCCCUUCGAGACGCUUCUGUUAAUCGGCUAAAGUGGGAUUUGGAAGUUGAAAGAAUGAGAAGCCCGUCAUUAAUGGCCUGGUGGAUUCGUGAAAGAAACCUUGAUGUUGCCUUCACAGAACAGAUUUCGCGUAUAUUGGGAGGCAACUGCAACAAAGAUGGCCACCAGUCAGAGGAGAAACAUUUCAACUAA